AUGUACAAAAUGACAACAGAUAGAUGUUUGACUGUAAUAGCCGGUAUUUUAGAAGAUUGUACUUUCAAUCAUAUAUGUUUCAUUGCUGAAAGUUUGUCUACGAUAUUACCGAAUUUUCAUUACAGAAGUAUUAGUAAAAGUCCUGCAAGAUGGGAUGCUUGUAAUAUAAAGAGACAAAGAAGCAAACCUUUACAAGUACAAAAAAAAUACCGUCAAAUAAUGAUAAUAGGAGCAGGAAGAUCAAUGUGCCCCGAUCUUGUUCCUCAGUUACUAAUGACAAAAGAGCUCUGGAUGACUCAUGGAAUUGUUAUUAACUUGUAUGAUGAACCAGGAUGUUUCUUUAAACUUAGGAAGAUUUUUAGAGAUGCAGGAACAAUAGGUGCUGGCAUAAAUACAGUACAUAUUAUGGAAAAUAUCCCUGAUGGAUUAAAAGACUGUGAUAUAUUAAUUUACCUUGACAGUUCAACACGAGAAGAAUAUGAAGGUACAGAUAAUUGGCUACAACGUAAUUAUAAAAUUAUAGCAAAUUUAUGUACACAUAUAAAUGAACAUGCCCCUUCACAUAUGAAGGUAAUUUUCUGUUCAAUGAAUCUUCCAUGUUUUUACGCCAAUAUUAUGAUGGAACUUGUUACAAAAUUAUCAAGCACAAACAUUGUAGUUGCUAGUGCUCAUUAUGGUUUAGAACUUAUAUACACAUUUGUAAAUUCACUUGGUCUUAAUCUACAAAACUUUGGUUGUCCACCUGUUUGGGGCUUCUUGGGAAUCAAUCACUUUGUUGAUGUUUACCAUAUGAUUCAAAAAUAUGAUGUUUAUUAUCCAAAUAAAAGAGCUCUAAAUUCGAAUGAGAAUAUGAUACUACCACUUGGAACUCAACAUUCCGAACUGAGAUGGUUUUUUUACAAGAUACAUGAUAAAAAUCCUUAUAAAAACUAUUUGAAACGCAAGGCCCUUCUUCGAUAUCAAAUGGGCACAUCAGAAGAUUUUCCAAAAUGUAGAGCAAUUUGUGAUCUUUUAAAGUUAUGGUACAGUAAUAAAAAAAGCAUCGGGGACGAAAUUAUAUCAUUAGGAAUUGAAUCUGAUGGCUCAUUUGGUAUUCCAAAGGGAUUAGUAUUUUCACAACCAGUUUAUUUAAAAGAAUAUGAAGAUGGUACACGAGUAUGGGUCCCUUUCAGAGAUUUCCCAAUGCCGAACAUGCCAAUUUCUAUAUUCCAAAGCCUUAUAGACACUGGUAUUUAUGUUAAGAAAAAAAUAAUUGAAUUAAAAAACAGUUCUGAUGCAACAAAAUAAUACAUUUUUAAUCAUUUACACGAA